AUGUCAGAAAUUAGACGGCAUUCUGAUUUUAUCGCGAACUCCGGACUUUUGCGUCAAAUUCAUGACGCUAAUAAGUUGGCCAGAUCAUAUAAUUACGGCCAUGAGCUCUCAGGAUUUAAAGCCAUGCUCCUGGUUGUUAUACCUGAAUGCCAUAGGCAUAAUAUACGGAAUCAAAGAAUGAUAAAACAAAUUACGACAUGUAUAUGGGAAGAUUAUGCAACUAUAAGCGAAAAGGAGUACUUUAUUGACCUAGCCGAUCAGAUUAAUAAAAUACUUUUAAGUCAAAGGCCAUCUCAGAUCGUUCGAAGACCAAGAAGUAUUUCCAACACUAUGCCUAAUAUGGAACAUACGUCCCUUUCUAGAGCAAUCUUUUAUGGUUCAAAUUUUUAA